GCUGCCGGGAGCCCUCUGGCUCCUCAUUCAUUUCCACCGGCUUGGGUUCGUCUUGUUUCAGCUGCAGCCUCCGUCUCAGCCACCGCCCCCGCACGGCCUCGCGACCGCCGAAGCCACCUUUCCCCCUUCCCCCGCGACUUCCCGCUUCUCCUCGGUUGCUUCCCUCCAACCGCAACCAUUGACGCCAUGUCUGGAUACUCGAGUGACAGAGAUCGCGGCCGGGAUCGAGGGUUUGGGGCCCCUAGGUUUGGAGGAAGUAGAGGAGGACCUCUGUCUGGAAAGAAAUUUGGAAACCCUGGGGAGAAACUCAUUAAAAAGAAAUGGAAUCUCGAAGAACUGCCCAAAUUUGAGAAGAAUUUCUAUCAGGAACAUCCUGAUUUGGCUAGACGCACAGCACAAGAGGUUGAAACAUAUCGAAGAAGCAAAGAAAUUACAGUACGAGGUCACAACUGCCCAAAACCAAUUCUAAAUUUCUAUGAAGCAAAUUUUCCUGCAAAUGUUAUGGAUGUAAUUGCAAGGCAGAACUUUACUGAACCUACUGCUAUCCAAGCCCAAGGAUGGCCUGUUGCUCUAAGUGGGUUGGAUAUGGUUGGAGUAGCACAGACUGGAUCAGGGAAAACACUGUCUUAUUUGCUGCCUGCCAUUGUCCACAUAAAUCAUCAGCCAUUCCUAGAGAGAGGCGAUGGGCCUAUUUGUUUGGUGCUGGCGCCAACUCGUGAACUGGCCCAACAGGUACAACAAGUAGCUGCUGAAUACAGUAGAGCAUGUCGUCUAAAAUCCACUUGCAUCUAUGGUGGUGCUCCAAAGGGACCACAAAUAAGGGACUUGGAAAGAGGUGUAGAAAUUUGCAUUGCAACACCUGGAAGACUGAUAGACUUUUUAGAGUGUGGGAAAACUAAUUUGAGAAGAACUACUUACCUUGUGCUUGAUGAAGCAGACAGAAUGCUGGACAUGGGCUUUGAGCCUCAAAUCAGAAAGAUUGUUGAUCAGAUAAGACCUGACAGACAAACCCUAAUGUGGAGUGCAACUUGGCCAAAAGAAGUGAGGCAGCUUGCUGAAGACUUUUUGAAAGAUUAUAUUCACAUCAACAUUGGUGCUCUGGAACUGAGUGCAAAUCACAAUAUUCUUCAGAUUGUGGAUGUGUGUCAUGAUGUAGAAAAGGAUGAGAAACUUAUUCGAUUGAUGGAGGAGAUCAUGAGCGAAAAGGAAAAUAAAACUAUUGUUUUUGUGGAAACCAAAAGAAGAUGUGAUGAACUUACCAGAAAAAUGAGGAGAGAUGGGUGGCCUGCAAUGGGUAUCCAUGGUGACAAGAGUCAACAGGAGCGAGACUGGGUUCUAAAUGAAUUCAAACAUGGAAAAGCUCCUAUCCUGAUUGCCACAGAUGUUGCAUCUAGAGGGCUAGAUGUGGAAGAUGUGAAAUUUGUCAUCAAUUAUGACUACCCUAACUCUUCAGAGGAUUAUAUCCACCGAAUUGGACGUACUGCCCGUAGUACCAAAACAGGCACAGCAUAUACUUUCUUUACACCUAAUAACAUAAAACAAGUAAGCGACCUCAUCUCUGUGCUUCGGGAGGCUAAUCAAGCAAUCAAUCCUAAAUUGCUUCAGUUAAUUGAAGACAGAGGUUCAGGUCGUUCCAGGGGUAGAGGAGGCAUGAAGGAUGAUCGACGUGACAGAUAUUCUGCGGGCAAAAGGGGUGGAUUUAAUACCUUUAGGGACAGGGAAAAUUAUGACAGAGGUUAUUCUAGUCUGCUUAAGAGAGAUUUUGGGGCAAAAACCCAGAAUGGUGUCUACAGUGCUGCAAGUUACACCAAUGGGAGCUUUGGAAGUAAUUUUGUGUCUGCUGGUAUACAGACUAGUUUUAGGACUGGUAAUCCAACAGGGACUUACCAGAAUGGUUAUGACAGUACACAGCAAUAUGGAAAUAAUGUCCCAAAUAUGCACAAUGGCAUGAACCAACAGGCAUAUGCAUAUCCUGCUACUGCAGCUGCACCUAUGAUAGGUUAUCCAAUGCCAACAGGAUAUUCUCAAUAAGACUUUAGAAGUAUAUGUAAAUGUCUCAGUUUUUCAUAAUUGCUCUUUAUAUUGUGUGUUAUCAGACAAGAUAGUUAUUUAAGAAACAUGGGAGAUGCAGAAAUGACUGCAGUGCAGCAGUAAUUAUGGUGCACUUUUUCGCUAUUUAAGUUGGAUAUUUCUCUACAUUCCUGAAACAAUUUUUAGGUUUUUUUUUGUACUAGAAAAUGCAGGCAGUGUUUUCACUAAAGUAAAUGUACAGUGAUUUGAAAUACAGUAAAUGAAGGCAAUGCAUGGCCUUCCAAUAAAGAUAUUUGAAGACUGA